CUCGACCUUGCAUCUGGGACUGUCGACGCCUGCUUGGACUGGAUACAUUGAGCAGCUGUUGGAUCCCUUUGACCUUCGAUUCGGCACAGCCCAUCUUGUAUUAAGUACCCACUUGCCAUUGUGCUUUGGAUAUUGUCUUGCACGCAUUGACGCACUAGCUUCCGCUCCGCAUCCUUCGCGACCACCUUGCAACCGGUUGCACGUUCACCUUCAGCAUACAUAUUUUGCCGUCCGGUCCAUCGAGUCCUGGACGCAGUAAUACAUCGUCACCACGGCUGUACUAUCUCACAAUCCGCGGGACAGCUUCGGUCUGCCACCGCAUAUGCUUGGAAUGCAAAACGAGGGAACAUCUUCAACACCCACUGGACCUCGUCUGCAGUCUAGCUUCCACAGGCAGAUGAACGGCGGCAUGAACGGCAAUAUGAACGGCAUGAACGGAGGCCACCAUGGCUUCUCGCAUGGAGCCUUCGCUACCAACCAGCCGGGCUAUGCCGACAGGCACCCGGAGAGGUCGAACAACAUGUCGAUCAAUACCGGAAGGCUGAACCCGAGCAACCAGAACGCUGUCGAUAUGCAGACGCCUGGCACUGGCUAUGACAUGAACUUCACGCCUUUGUUGCCUUCGCAGCUCCUUCUGGGCAGCCCCUUUCAGCCCGGCUCUCCUUCGGCUUUCGCUUCUCCCCAGUUCCAGAGCUUUGGCAAUUUCGCUGCGCAGAACCAGCAGCAAAACAACCAUUCUAACCACAUGGGGAGCCCCUUGCAGCAGCCCCUCUCACCCCUGUACCAGGGCCUAGUCUCCCCCACGAGUCUCAAUGGACCCGGGUUCUUCAACGGACCCCAGUCGCCUACUGGGUUCUCUAGCUUCGGUGCUCAAGGUCUUGGUGGAUUCGGUUCGUCUAUGCCAAUUGCCCCUGGUCUCGUCUCUGGCACGAGCAGGACCGUCUACUUGGGCAACAUUCCCCCGGAGACCUCCGCGGAGGAGAUCCUUGGCCACGUCAGAAGUGGACAGAUCGAGUCCGUCAGGCUGUUGCCCGACAAGAACUGCGCAUUCAUUUCUUUCCUCGAUAGCAGCUCUGCCACUCACUUCCACUCAGACGCAAUCUUGAAAAAGUUGUCGAUCCGUGGCCAGGACAUCAAAAUCGGAUGGGGUAAGCCCUCUCAGGUCCCGACAUCGGUUGCCCUUGCUGUACAACAGUCGGGGGCUUCCCGCAACGUCUACCUUGGCAACCUGCCUGAGGAUGUCUCCGAGGAUGAGUUGCGUGAGGAUCUGAGCAAGUUCGGUCCUAUUGAUACCGUCAAGAUCGUGCGUGAGAAGGCCAUUGGUUUCGUCCACUUCCUCUCGAUCGGCAACGCUAUCAAGGCCGUCGCCCAGCUCCCUCAAGAGCCCAAGUGGCAGGCACCCCGCCGUGUCUACUAUGGCAAGGACCGAUGCGCAUACGUUUCCAAGACCCAGCAGCAGAACGCUGCGCAGUACCUUGGUAUUGCUCCUGGUUACGCCCACGUUCUCAACGGCGCGGACCGUGACAUGAUCUCCAAUGCUCUUGCUCAGCAGUCUGUCGCCGCCGCAGCUGUUGCGACGUCCGCCGGUGGUGUAAACAACCUCGGCAACCGUACUGUGUACUUGGGCAACAUUCACCCUGAGACUACCAUUGAGGAGAUCUGCAACGUUGUCCGUGGCGGUCUUCUGCACCACAUUAGGUACAUUCCUGACAAGCACAUCUGCUUCGUGACUUUCAUCGAUCCCACUUCUGCCGCGUCGUUCUACGCGCUCAGCAAUCUUCAGGGUCUGAUGAUUCACAACCGCCGCCUGAAAAUUGGCUGGGGUAAGCACUCUGGUGCGCUACCGCCUGCGAUCGCUCUGGCUGUCAGCGGUGGAGCCUCGCGUAACGUGUACAUUGGCAACCUCGACGAAUCCUGGACUGAGGACCGCCUCAGGCAGGACUUCUCCGAGUACGGCGAGAUCGAGCUUGUAAACACACUUCGCGAGAAGAGCUGUGCGUUCGUCAACUUCACCAACAUCGCCAACGCCAUCAAGGCUAUCGAGGCCAUCCGUGGCCGCGAGGAGUACAAGCGGUUCAAGGUCAACUUUGGCAAGGACCGAUGUGGCAACCCUCCCCGCCAGAUGAACAACCAGGCUCAGGCUCAGGCCCAGCAAGCCGGUAGCGACGGCCUUCAGUCACCGUCGCCCAUCAACGGCCUCCAGCCCAACCGUGGCGUCGGCCCGUCUGUUUCUCCCACAGGAUCUGGUGCUCCUGGCUCGGGCGUUAGCACGAAUGGCCAGUACCCAUCCCAGGCGCCUGCCCCGGCCAACAUCCUGAACAGCGGCGGCAACAACCCGUUGAUGAUGUAUCUUCAGGCCCAGCAGCAGCAACAACAGCAAGCCGAGGCCAGCAUUCAGCAACAGCAACAGCAGCAGCAGCAGCAGUACCAGUCUCCUCAAGCUGCUUUCUACGGCGCUGACCUGAACACGCCCUCGCAGCCUCACCACUCGCACACGUCGCACAACAGCACUUCGAGCUUCAGCCUGAUCAACGGCACAUCGAACGGCGGCGGCAGCGGUGCCACCACGGUGGGCGGUCUUCUUGCGCCUUCCAACCUCAACGCUCGUGCCCAGCACUCCCGUGCCGUGAGCCUUCCGGUCUUCACGCAAGGCCCCUUCAACCAGCCCAUGACAAGCCAAGCAACCCAGCAAAACUCGUUUGGUAGCCUGAGCUCUGGCAUUGGCGGCUUUGGCAGCGGCAAUGGCGGUUACGGACUUGCCAUCCAGGGUGAUGGCGGUCUGAGCGGAUGGGCUGAGGAAGAGGUUGGUGCUCAGUGAGCGCUGGAUGUGCAAGCAAAACAGGUCGACCCCGCCUUUGGAUAGACCUUCAACUCUUCUCUUAUAUCCGAUUUCUUUGCAUUUUGAACUAGGGAAUGGAAGGCGUCUCACGUAUGGAUCCGAUCCGAUCUGAUGUCGCGUAAAUUGUUGUAAUCUGAACGUUGCUUUACCCUUAAUUGCAUUUUCACCGCUCU